AUGUACGUGGAAAAAUUCAGAAACUCGUUUGCCGUUGACUUGCUCGAGUUGACAGGGCUUGUCAAACUACCACACAAUUUUCAAGAACAGCAGGCAGGGGCUAAGACCGAUGACGUCGAUGGGCUUGCCGCUGUAGAGCUGGCCGAAGAGGGCCGCGCCAAACCACAUGAAGACUCAAACGGUGAACUGCCCGGCGAUGUCGUACAAGACGUAGACACAGACACUGCUUCUGCAACGGGGUCCGGGUCUGCGUCGGCGUCGGUAGACCUCGAAAAAAAUGACGCCGAAAAGGCGUCGAACCAAACGUCGGACCGCGACGUGGAUCCGUUUCUCGUUGGGUGGAACGGCGCAGACGAUCCGGAAAACCCAAUGAACUGGAGCAAGGGCAAGAAGGGCCUGGUCGUUUUCCAGAUCAUGCUGCUCACGUGCGUGACGUACAUGGGCGCGUCCAUCUACACGCCGGGCCAAGAGCAGAUCCAGCACGAUUUCCACGUGGGCCACGUCGUUGGCACCCUCAACCUGUCCAUGUACGUGCUAGGUUACGGGCUGGGUCCCAUGAUCUUCUCGCCUUUGUCUGAGGUGGCGAUCAUUGGCCGCCAGCAAAUAUACAUCUUCACGCUGCUCGCGUUCAUGAUCUUCCAAGUCGGUGCCGCCACGGUCAACAACAUCGGCGGGCUCGUCGUGAUCCGAUUCAUCAGUGGUAUAUUGUGCUCGCCCUCGCUGGCGACGGGUGCCGCUAGUCUCGGUGACUUUGUUGACCCCCAGAUCGUGCCCGUUUUUGUCGGUUUGUGGGCCAUUGGCGCAGUCGCGGCGCCAGUGCUCGCGCCCUUACUCGGUGCCGCCAUGGUCGUCGCCAAGGGCUGGCGAUUCAUCUUCUGGCUUCUAAUGUGGCUCUGCGCUGCGACCUCGAUCGUCUUGAUCUUCUUCUUCCCCGAAACCCAACAUGAAAACAUUUUGUACCGUCGUGCUCGCAGGCUGAGAAAAGCGACUGGCGACGCGCGUUACUACACCAAACAAGAACGCGCUGACAGUCAUAUCGAAUUCAAGGACAUUCUAUUGGACACUUUCUAUCGUCCUUUAAAAAUCAUGGCUUUGGAGCCGGCCGUUCUCGCGUUCGACAUCUACAUUGCGCUUUGUUACGGUGCUUUUUACCUGUUCUUCGAAGCCUUUCCUCUCGUGUUCAUCGGGAUCUACCAUUUCACAUUAGUCGAAAUGGGACUUGCCUACAUGGGGUUUUGCGUCGGUUGCGUAAUUGCGUACAUCUCACUGCUGGUUUUCCUUGCUAAAGUCAUCGCACCUAAAUUCAAGAACAAUACUUUCACCCCAGAGGCAUUCCUUCUACUGGCGAUGUACGUGUGCUGGGCAUUGCCAUUGUCGUUGUUCCUUUUUGGGUGGGCUGCUGGCGUGCACUGGAUUUUGCCCAUCAUUGCCGAAGUUUUUUUCGUGUUGAACGUCUUCAAUCUUUUCCAAGCUUCGUUCGCGUAUUUGGCAAUUAGUUAUCCUCGUUAUUUGGCUUCCGUUUUUGCAGGAAAUGGUUUCGCGCGUGCCGGGUUUGCAUGUGCGUUCCCACUUUUCGGUCAAGCCAUGUACAAGAAUCUGGGGAGUGAAAAAUACCCAGUCGGAUGGGGUUCUUCCUUGGUAGGGUUUUUCUGUAUCGCACUUGCGGCAAUCCCCUUCGUGUUGUAUAGAAUUGGACCAAAACUUCGCGGUAGGUCUCAAUACGCUAACUAA